UGUAAUGUAAAGAAAAGCCAAUCGAAGUCGGUAACUUUUAACUGACAGACAAUUUAACCAAUGAGCGGAUGGGUUUGCUUGACACGCUGUUGUUGUCAGUUAGGCUAUAUCCUAUAAAGAGGAACUGAAAGUAACGCUUUACGGACUUUUAAUACACCCUGUAACCUCAUAAAAUUGUACCUGUACGUCUAGACCUCGGAACCGAAUCGUUUCUACCUAAUGUCAUUGCAUGCUAUUAAUUACGAGAAAUGUAUUUUAGAAAGACAAGGAAGGGAAUCUACUUGGAAACAACCACGCAAACAAGGUUUGCCUGACCAUCACAAGACGACUUAGCAUGUGAUUCCGAUAAAGUUAGCUGACUCGCUGCUUGCGCGUUUGGACGGCCGGGUCACUCGUACGCGAAGGCGGGUGAACGCGGAACUCAACGAAGGUAGAUUAGCUUGCUAGCUGCUAGCAAACAGUAUAGCCUUCGGCGGAGGAAAGGGUUCAGUUACAGGAACGUAAACAAUUCGGGUGGUGUGGUUCGCUGGUCACCAGCGAGGUACAUCUGCAGAAAUGGUUCACGUUUACAACUGGCAUCCGUUCGCAUCGCAGCAAAUAGUGCCAACAGAGCAAGAACCGGGGCUGGUUUGUUGCGGAGGUGAUGCCCUUUUCGUGGUGUCUGCCGGAGGAUGCAAGAUCGAGGCAUAUAAAAUGCAAGAGGAGGGCUGUUCCCUCAUCUGUCGAUUUGCGACUAUGGGCACUGUUCAGAGCAUACUGCACAGUCAGAUAGGGGACUAUCUUGUUACGAUCGAGGAGAAGAACAGAGCCACGUACCUUCGCGCCUAUACGAACUGGCGUUACCAGGCUGUGGAGAAGACCCGGGUCGGCGUCCGUCUGCUGGGUCACUUCUUGCGCGCUUCGUCUUUCCGCGGCGCGCCGAAGGAACAGAUGGAGAUAAUCGAGAUCCCGCUGGUGGAGCCGCCGCUGUGCGUGGCGUGUUGCGCGGUAACGGGGGACCUGCUCGUGGGCUGCGCCAAGAGCCUGGUGAUCUUCAGCCUGAGGAGGCAAGCGUUGAGCGAGCGGCUCUCCGUGCUGGACUUCGAGCGCUUCCUCAUCCUGCACGUCCCCGGAUGGACGCCCACGCAGGUCGCGCUCUGCGCGGGGUUCGUGGCCCUGCAGAUGGAGCUGGAGGUGCUGGUGGUCAAGCUCGAGCGCUUUCAGAGCCGCAGCGGGGACGACGGCGGCAUGCAGGAGCCGCGAGCUCUGGUGCCCAAGGAAAUGGUUACCGGAAGCAACGAUGACGAGGAAACAGAUGCCGGAGGAGGUCGAUCCGAUGCCCACCGCGACCCAGACGACUUCAUCGUGUUCCAGAGGAACCAGGAGUUCUUGGGGGAGGAGGCGAAAGAAUGUGGGAUCCCCGUCUCUCUGGAGUGGGCUGGCAUGGAGGAUGAGGUGCAGGCCCGCCUUGGAGUGACCUACGUCCUGUACAGGCGGUUCGCCCCGGACUUCUUCCAAGGCUGCAGUGUGGAGGAGACCUGCCUGCACUCUCUGCAGCUCCGCCCCAUGUUCACUGUUUCCAGCAGCCAAGAGGGCGGUGUUGAGGCCGCAGAGCCUACGUGCGUCUUCUGUUUCUUCUCCCUGCCGAACACCGGCUACAUGUACAGCCUGAGGGGCACCGUGGAGCUCAUCUCCACCUAUCAGUUCCCAGAGAAGGCCCAGCAGGCCGUCCUCUGUGACCAGUUCCUCCACGUCAUCACCAGGAAUGCGCUCCAGUGUUUCUCAGUGCGAUGCAGUGCAGUGGCAGCCAGGGUCGAGGACCCCUACAUUGACACUACCAUGAAGGCCUGCCCGGCCUUCACCAUGCAGGUGUGCGCUUUGCGAAUCCAGCUGUUCAUCGGGCUGAAGUCGCUGUGCCACGACAGGAACCACGUGGUGCUGCUGACCGCGGCCGACGCGGGCCAGCAGGGGGCGCCGCCGCGGACGCGCGCCAGGACAACCGAAUCAAAAGAGCACAAAGCCCUUACUGGGAUUUUCCUAGCGGUAGGUAUAGAUCCUUCAACUACUCCAGGGCUGCAGAGCUUCCUGUCCAGGUCGUUCUUGUCAAGGAAGACCUCCAUCCCCAGGGUGCAGGAGCCCAGCGAGGGGGGGCACGGGUGGAACCUGUACGUGGUGAACACCGUCUCCACCCUGCAGCUCUACAGCGAGAUGGUGGAGUACAGUCAGAAGUACGAGGUGACCAAUCCCCUGUCGCACAGCUGCGUUCACCUGCUGAGCGAAGCUCACCUGCUCCUGCGGGCGGCGCUGUUGGACCCCCGCGUCACCGACCCCAGCGAGAGGGAGGGGCUGCAGAGGGCUUUCCAGGAGAGCUGCGCCCAGCUGGGAGACUGCUACAGCAGGUUUGACAAGCGGGAGUGCCACUUGGCCCUCCCUUACUACAAGAUGUCUGGUCUGUCGGUGGCGGAGGUCGUCCAGAGGAACAAGCCGUUCUGCGGAAACUCGGCCGGAUUCGGCAAGGGCUUCCUGUUCUACCUGAAGCACUCUCUUUACGAGGAGACCAUGGAGGAGCUGAACCAGGAAACGGCCGACGCGGUGCUGGACAUAUUCGGGGAGGCGGAGCCGGCGCAGCUGCCCCACGUGGUCAUCAGCCCGUCCCUGUGCCGGGCCGGCCCCGCCCACGCGCUGGCGCACCUGGAGCGGCUGGAGGCGGCGGGCGGCGCCCCCUCUGUCGUCCUCACCCUCGCCACGGCGACCCUGGCACUACGGCUGGGCGACGCGCCGCUGUACCGCCAGCAGAUGGGCCGGCACGCGGAGAUGCUCCAAGUUUACGGCUUCAUCGAGGAGCCCAAGCUGCUGCUGCAGGGCAGGGGGAAGGGCGUGGUCCCCACCCCGCUGGCUCAUCACCUGCGGGAAACGCAGGAGGGGCUGCUGGUCGCCGCCCUGGUGGCGCUGCACGAGAACAGCAAGGUCAGGCUGGAGGAGGCCGACGUCUUCUUCCAGGAGCUGUGCCGGGAUGGGGCUGAACCACAGGGCGGGCAGCAGCUGCUGGUGGAUUUUUGGGAGGCCCUCCUGGUGGCCUCCUCUCAGGACCCGGUCAUCCAGGAGCUGCUGUUCCGCCUGACCUCGGUCUACAUCGACCGCGUAGCCCGGGGCAACCAGGAGGGAAUCAGACCCCUGAAGACUGCAGAGGAUCUGAUCAACUCAUGCUGUCACUACGGGACGCUGUAUCCCUGGGUGAGCGUGGUCACCCCUACACAGCUCAGCAUCGCCCCCGGCAACCAGGAGGAUCUGGAGAAGCUGCAGUCCCUGCUGUGCGGGCCCUCUCUGGACGUGUGCUCAGUGCUGCCCCUGGUGGAGCAGCUGUCGGACGCGGACGGCGCCGGGCUCAGCGUUCACGUUCUGUGCGCCGCCCGGCUCGGGCAGCACGAGAGCGCCAUCGACAGGCUGCUGGACCGCUGCCCGCAGGCCCUCAUACCCUACGCCAAUCACGAGCUGCGGCAGGGCCCCACGGCACUUUGGUGGCAGAAGGUGUUUCCUGAGCUCUGUAAAAGAGCCAGAUCCACAGGCAGUGAAAACCCCAUCCUGCUGUCUGCACUGAAAGAAACCUUGGUGACGGUUGCCGCGGAGCUGAACCCGCUGGAGUUCCUGGAGCUGUUGCCGGACGACGGGACGGCGGCGUUCUUCCUCCCGCACCUGCUGGAGUGCUGCCAGAGGAACGCGACGGCGUGAGCGGGCGGCGGGCGGCGACAGCGACGCACCUGGGCCGCGCCGCGCUUCCCGCCGCGAGACUUCGGGAUGCUCGGGGCGGAACGAAAAGCAAAGAAGGCGCACAUGCUUUUUGGGGAAACACUAAGCAGGCCUCGAGUUGGUCUCUCUCUUUUUGCCUUUUAAUUAAAAUCCCCGUCUAAGGGCUGAAUAUCCUGUUGUCGCCGGCUGUGAUGUUAGUUGGAUGCUGAAGGCUUCUCUCAGCUAAAUUAAUACUGUAUAUGCCUUAUAAUAUUGAAUGAUAUUGCCCUGCGAUAGACUGGCGGCCCGUCCAGGGUGCAUUCCUGCCUCUCGCCCAAUGCAUGCUGGGAUAGGCUCCAGAACCCCCCUGCGACCCUGCUCAGGGUAAGCGGGUAAAGAUGAUGGAUGGAUGGAUGGAUGGAUGUAGCAUUCCUGGUAUAUAACUGGAUACUGUAGGCGGGCACAGCACCCAUAAUGCAUCAGGCUAAGGAGUGCUGGUCUAGGAUCAGUUUAGCGUUUCAGAUCGCAGUGGACAAGGCUAGGAUUGUACAACAGUGAUCCUUCCUGCCCUGAAACACUUUGUGAACACGAGCCCUUGGAACUGAUUUAUUUCCCUGAGACAAUAUAAGUAUCACAGUUAUCACUGGAAUGGAAUGUGCUUGACCAAAGAUCAAAGACAAUCUACAAAGUGUUUCUGUCAUGUUCCGUAGCCAAGGAUACCAUUCUGAAAAUCUGUAUGCAAUAUCGAAGCUUUUGCAUCGUUACAGUGUUCAGAGUGCUGUGCAUCAGCGAGGCUAAGCUAUUAUGCAAACACAAACAACCUUAUAUUGUGAAUUGAUUUAUGUUCUAUUUAUUUUUAUUUUUGUCUGUACUGACAUGCCUUGCUUUUGUUUUACAUUUCGCAUGAUGACUACUUUUCAAAAUCCAGUGUUAUCAAUAAAAUUUCUUUGAUGGUCUUCAUUUUAA